GAAAGUAAUGUCACCGUUCAAUUCAAGAUCGAACCACAUAUUAUUCCUGCGACAGCCAUCCAAAAAUCAGGGCGGUCUCCUAAUUUCAGUGGAGGGUAUGGCGAUGUCUGGAAAUGUCACAUGUCUACACAAUCUCAGCCUGAGGCCCGUCUUGUCGCGGUCAAAUCCUUCAGGAUCUUUGUGGAAACAGAUAUGCAAACAUUACAAAAAAUAAACAAGAGUAUUCGUCGGGAGGCCUACGUUUGGGUUCCAUUGUCGCACGACAACAUUCUGCCUCUGGAAGGUGUUAUUGUGGACGAUGAAUUUGGGCCUUUUCCUGCUUUUGUGAGUCCUUGGAUGGAAAAUCAAACACUGAACGACUAUUUGAAAUGGAAAGUUGGUCUUUCGAGAGCGAAGAAGUUGACUAUGGCAAAGGAGAUAGCAGCUGGUCUUCAGUAUUUGCAUGACAAGGGAAUUGUCCAUGGUGACCUUACUGAUGCCAACGUCCUAGUCAGUAGUGAUGGGAGGCUCUGUCUCGGGGACUUCGGUCUCUCAAUGAUCCUCGCAGAAGCACGCAACACUACAUUUAACUCAUGCCAUGCGGGCAAUAUGCGGUGGAUGGCGCCGGAGCUAGUUCUUGUUGAGGAGGAGGAUGCGAUGAGCAAGCCAACCAAGGCCGGCGAUGUUUACUCGUAUGGUUGCAUCAUGAUGCGGGUGUUUUCUGGCCAUAAACCCUAUCACCAUAUCAAGCGUGAUGCAGCCAUUAUAACAGCAAUGUAUGACAAUCAGAAACCGUUCUCCCGUUUGGUUGAUAUCAGCGAAGAAAUACAGCACUUGGCGCAACGGUGCUGGUCAAGUAAUAUGGAAUAUCGCCCGUUGGUUGGCAAAAUUGCGGAGUCCUUGCGGUUACAGACAGCCAUCGCGGAAACUGUAAAGAUGAUGGUGUUGCAACUUCCAGUCACAGUGACACAAAUAUCGCAAGCCGACCUCACGAAGUGCGACGAUGGUUUGGACGUCCUUGGUGCACCUUUGAGAUACAAGUGGGUGGUACAUGGGUCGAGUGAGACCGAGGUCGCAGUCAAGACCUUGAGGGAUGAUGUCGACAGUCAAAAUGAUAUCAACAAGAUAUAUCAUAGGAUUCAUCGGGAGAUAUAUGUCAGGGAAAAGUUGAGGCACGAGACUAUCCUUGCCCUCUAUGGAAUGACUGAAGGUUCCGGAAUUUUCCCGUCCUUUGUAUACCCAUGG